CAUAUAAGCCCGCCGCUUUGCCUCUAAAUUAGACACACGGCUCCCUCUCUUUGUUGGACGAGUAGCAUCAUCAGAGUGUGAGGAUGGGCAUUUACGAAGAAAGAGGGGAACGGGUUGAACCGAAGAGGAAGCCCUUUAGCUGGAGAACCAAAUGCACAGUGUCCAACCGAGGACGUCCCUUGGAACUUGUUUAUGCUAUUGGGGGGUUGAGCCCUAAGGGCAAUGUCAGUGGUGUGGAGUGUUACAACCCCCUGGAACAUGAGUGGAAGGUUCUGGGCUCCGUCUCAAGGCAUCGGGCUGGAGUUGGAGUGGCUCCCCUCAAUGGCUCCAUCUACACAGUGGGAGGCCAUGAUGGCAUGGUGUGCCUCAGCAGUGUUGAGAGGUAUAAUCCUGAAAUCAACGAGUGGAGGCGGGAUGUGGCGCCGCUUCGUGAACCCAAGCAGGAUGUGGCUGUGGCUGAGCUAGGAGGCUACCUGUACUGUGUCGGUGGCUACGAUGGGCUCCUAUGCGUCAACACCACUGAGAGAUAUGAUCCACUACUCAACAGGUGGUGCAAGAUGGCACCUAUGAAUCGUUGCCGAAGGGGCCUAGGCUUGGCAGUACUGGAUGGCUACUUGUAUGCUGUUGGAGGAUCUGAUGGCUACUCUACGUUACAUUCAGUGGAGCGCUACAAUCCCCUGGAAGACAGAUGGACUCCCUGCCCUCCCCUGCAGACCUGUCGAGAGAACCUGGGUUGUGUUACAUUUCAAGGCAAGAUCUAUGCGGUUGGCGGGAGAGAUGACCUCACCGAGCUGUGCAGUGUUGAGCGAUUUGAUCCUCUUGCCAAUGAAUGGUCUACUGUCAUGCCCAUGAAGUCAAGAAGGAGCAAGGUGAACCUGGUUGCUGCCAAUGGUUACCUCUUAGCCAUCGGGGGUUAUGACGGCACUGUCCACGUAAGCACUGUGGAAGCGUUUGACGUGGAGCUAAAUGGAUGGAGACGUUUUGGAAACACGCAAACCUGUCAUCCAGGUGGAGGUGUCACUGUGAUCAAAACGGCCCCUGAUUAUCUGGAACUUUCUGAGUCGCCUUGGAGCCGAUAAAAAACACACACAACAACAGCAAAUUCUGGACUUCCUUGUUUGGUGUUCAGUAUACAAUCGACACACAGUGCAUUACUAAACUACAUGCUUGACUUCUUUCUGCUCUCCCCCCCACCUCUUUUGAUUGCGUCACCUGUGUCAAAUUUUAGAUUGUAAGCUUCUUGGGGCAGGGACCCCUUGUUAGGCUGCAAAAUGCCCAUGCCCCUAUAUCAACAAUAAGCAGGAGGCAAUGACAUGAUGCUGAUGUUUUAAGUGUUAGUUUUGUGUAUCGCAGAAUAUAUUUAGUUUGUCCUUUGCCUGAAAGUAGCUGAAGCUUUGCAGGGGGUGGACUAGAUGUCCUGGGAGUGCCUUCAAACUCUACAAUCCUACGUUUCAAUUGUUUAAUUUGGAGAGGUGUUACAUAGUUUACUGGAGGAGGAAGACUCAUAUUUUUCUGUCCGACAAUUCUUCAUUUAAUGCCUCCCCUCUGCCCUAAACCACAAAAUGAACAAACACAUUCACUUCCAGGCCCACUGAAUAUGCCUCCUGAGUUUAUCUUCAGAAAGGCAUGGGAGACACACUUAAUAUAAGGCACUGGUCACCAACACGGUGCUCAUGGGCACCCACAUGGUGCCCACAGGGUCCCGUCUCCCACCCAUCUUCCAGCUGCAAUUAGUUCCCUACCAGGGAUAUAGGAAGCUACCUUACAUUGAGUAAGAUGAUUGGUCCAGCUAUCCCAGUACUGUCUACACUGACUGUCAGAAGCUCUCCAGGAUUUCAGGCAAGAGUGUACCUAGAUAUGCUGGGAAGUGAACCUGGCAUCUUUUUUUGCUGUGUCACUGAGCUCCUGUCCUUCUCUAACACCUAAUGUAAGAUUCCAGCCCUCAUGGUUCUGAACAAAGGGCUGAAUUAAGUAGGAACACGGGAAGCUGUCUUACAGUGAGUCAGAUGAUAUGCUUCAGUAUUGACUACACUGACUUGCACCAGCUCUGCAGGGGUUUCAGGCAGGGCAUAUUCCUUGCCUU